CCCGACCCCCCAUCCUCCCGCUACGUCAGCCUCCUCCAGGAAAACAAAAUGGCGGAGCUCCUGAGCGUGCAAGUGCCCAGCCGGCGCGGUUUGGGCGGCUAUGCGGAAUUCCACAAGGAGGGCGCCACCACGCCCACGAUGGGCUCGCCGGCCGCCCACGCGCCUUAUCUCAAUUCGGCCCUCACCCACGCCCGCAUCAGGCUACAAGACCAUCCUGAAGGGCGUGAGCGGCAAGUUCAAAUCUGGUCGCCUCACCGCCAUCAUGGGACCCUCAGGAGCUGGCAAAUCAACGCUCAUGAAUAUCACUGCUGGAUACAGUGGCCUGGACAGCAGUAGCAGCUUCCAGUGCAUCAACCUGCUCAAGACGUUAGCCCAAGGUGGUCGCACCAUCAUCUGCACCAUCCACCAACCCUCGGCCAAGCUCUUUGAGAAGUUCGACUACCUGUACGCCCUGGCAGAAGGACAGUGCAUCUACCGAGGAGCCAUCCAUGGGCUCAUACCUUUCUUGGCAGCUAUGGGCUUGGAGUGUCCAUCAUACCAUAAUCCUGCAGAUUUCUUGAUGGAAGUUGCAUGUGGGGAGUAUGGAGAAUUCACUCACAAGUUGACAACAGCAGUCAGAUGUGGGAAGUGUGAUAACCUCGGCCCAGACAACCACCUUGGAGUCCGGGCAAAGCAGCACGUCAUAGCCCGAGAGCCAGAUGACCACAGAGAGGCAGGAGGCGGCGGAGACCCAUUAAACAGAGGUGGUGGUGGCGGAGGCGACAACAGGCCGGGCGAGACGAGAGUCAACCUUUCCUCCACACGGCACUCGCUUCUUGCCUCUGAAGAUGAGAGCAUCGACGACAUCCCCAAUUCCUUCCCUACUUCUGGAUGGAAGCAAUUUGUCAUUCUCUUCAAACGCACAUUCCUUUCUAUCAUUAGGGAUGGGAUGUUGACCAAGAUGCGCAUCUGCUCACAUACACUCAUUGGGCUGCUGAUCGGACUCCUUUAUUAUAACAUUGGAAAUGAAGCAGGCAAAGUGUUCAACAACUCUGGAUGUUUGUUCUUCUGUAUGUUAUUCCUGAUGUUCACUGCAAUGAUGCCCACCAUUCUCACUUUCCCUCUCGAGAUGAACGUCUUCAUACGAGAACAUUUGAAUUACUGGUAUUCCCUGAAGUCAUAUUACUUAGCCAAGACAAUGGCUGACAUGCCCUUCCAGGUGAUCUAUCCAUUACUGUACGUGUUACUGGUGUACUUUUUGACUGAUCAACCCCUAGAGGCGCACAGGUUCUUCAUGUUCACCACAAUGUGUAUCAUGACAUCACUAGUGGCACAGUCUCUCGGCUUGGCCAUUGGUGCUUGUAUGAAUAUACAGGGUGCUGUGUUCCUGGGUCCUAUAACAUCCAUUCCUGUGUUGCUCUUCUCGGGAUUCUUUGCUAAUUUCUCAACCAUUCCAGUACGGGUUUGAAGGGACGCUCCUCAGCAUAUACGGGUUUGACAGAAAGCCGCUACAUUGCUCGGAGGCUUAUUGUCACUACAAGUCUCCCAAAAAGUUUCUAGAAGAGAUGGAUAUAGUGGGCGCAGAGUUCUGGAUAGACUUCCUAGUGCUCUUCUCCUUUUUCAUCAUCCUUCGAACAAUUGGCUACUUUGUGCUUAGGUGGAAACUUAAGGCUGAACGCUAGUGGAAAUUCCAUGUUCACCCUAACUUUAAUUUUUAUAUACAGUAAAAGUGUUUUUUCUGUGAAGUAUAUUAAAAUACAAUUUUUUCAUCAUCACCGUACUACAAGCUAGUUUGCUCUUCACAAGAGUUCUAUAAGAGUAUAGUGGCAUGCAGUGUCCACUUUGGUGCCUGAUGUAGUUGCAACCUCAAAGACUGGACGAUUGUGGCUAAAGUGGACAAGUGAAGUCUUUCAAGUGUAUCAUUUAUGAGUAAGGAGAAAGACUGAAAAAAAAAAAGGUGCAAGUGAAACCACUUAAGGAAUGAGAAACGAUAUACAAAAGAAGAAUUGUCAGUGAGGUCCAACCAAAGGAACACACACAAGUGAAGUAGUGAAGGUCUUGCAAGUGAAGGUGUAAUGAGGCACAGGUAUAGGCGACUGAGAACGAGGACUUUACGUGCACCACACUUGCUCUGAUGAUACCCACACAACACAUUAAUGGUCUAAAGUCACAUACCAGCAUCAGGAGGUGUCAACUGG